AUGUCUCUACAUCAGGUGGCGUCAAUGGCGGCGGUCUCCGGUGGUCACUGCGAAUUAGCUAUCAUGUCAUCUGUCCCUCUCCGCGCCACGUCAUUUUCUUUCCAUUUUCCCGUCUUCUGUCCCUCCACUUGCUCCCCCCUUUCAAGAUCUCGCGACUGUCACCCCCUUCCCCUCUAUCAUCAGAAUCCUCGGAGGAGAAACCCGGAAAAGCAGAAGGUUCUGAGGGUGGACUGCGCGGCAGGCCAGCCAUUGAAGGUGAUCAUAUUAGGCGCCCCGGCGUCGGGGAAAGGAACUCAGUGCCGAAUGAUCGUCGAGAAGGCAAGUUUCUUUUUUCUACCAUUUUGGAAUGAAGCUCUAUUAGAAGUUGCACAUUGGAUAAGCGAAGUGGCUUGGACAGGCUACGAAUGUGCUCUU